ACGCCGAUCCUCAAGCGUCUCUGUCGUCGUCGUCGUCGUCUUAGUUGUUAGUUUUUUUUUUGUGAAUGGCAAUAAUACAUAAUAAGAGGUAGAUUGGUAUGCAACAUAAAAGGGAUUUAUUGGGGAUUUUCAAAGAAAGGGGGUUGCAGUAUGUGUGUUUGUGUGUUAUCAGGAGAAGGAGGCUGUCAUUGUUUGUAAUUAAUGGCAGUGUGGUUGCUCAGCAUAACCAAAUUCUUGCCUGAAUGAAUGCCAUAACAAAGAAGGCCACGGACAUCGCUGUAAGAAAACAAGCAAAGAGUCAUUUGAUACAAAACAAAGAGACGGCCAUGUGUAUCCGCAGCUACAGUGGUGACGUGUGGCAGUGGGCCACAAUCGUUCAUUCACUAUUAUUCCUGUCAAAGACAGAAAAUGUGGGCACCGAAGCGCAGCGGAACACGAAAAACAAGUACAAAAAAAAUCCGGGCAGGUUGAACGCAGAAGAAAAGGUUGACGCUCUCUUUUCCUAUUUACGAUUCGCUUUUUUUUCCGUUAUGGAGCGUAAUACCACCGCCUUCUAUGAGACUCUGGGCGUCUCAAAGACCGCUACACCUGAGGAAAUUAAGAAGGUAUGCUUCUUGUUUAGGCACUCCCUUGGUCGAAAUGUCCCAACUUGAUUGCUGAUCUCGCGAUUCCACACUUGUUUCUAGGCUUACCGACGCUUGGCACUGCGAUACCACCCUGACAAGAAUCCAGACAGCGCUGACACGUUUAAGAGCAUCAGUCUUGCUUAUGAGGUAUUA